GCGCGGGUGUAAUGAUCGUUUUCUACCAGCAGGUGGCGGCAGAGCGCAGGAAGCGGCGGAUGGAGGAGGAGGAUGACGUGUGCGGAGGGCAGGAGGCGCUCCCGGUGUGCGGGGGGCCCCGGGGGGAGCUGGGGCCCUUCCAGUACACCCCGGAGUUGAUCGCGGGCCCCGGAGCGGAUGUGGACCCGAGUGAGGUGACCAUCCAGGGCUGUGAAUGUCGGGGGCGGAGCUGUGUGGAGGGGCGUUGCCCGUGUCUCCCGCGGGGGCAGAACUAUGUGAAUGGGCGGGUCACUCUGGCCCGGGACACGCCCAUCCUGGAAUGUAACGUCCUGUGUAGCUGCGCAGAGACUUGUGCCAACCGGGAGACACAGCGCAGCCUGCAAUUCCGGCUGGAGGUGCGCCAGAUCCCUGGGAAGGGGUGGGGCCUACGCACAAAGGAGGCGAUACCCAGCGGGCGCUUUGUCUGCGAAUACGCGGGGGAGGUGCUCGGUGAGGAGGAGGCGUGUCUUAGGAUAAAAUCGCAGGACCCCACCACCAACAAUUACAUCAUCGCCGUGCGGGAGCACCUCCACGACGGGCGGACGCUGCGGACGUACGUGGACCCGACGCGGAUCGGAAACAUCGGACGCUUCCUCAACCACUCCUGCCGGCCCAACCUGGCGAUGCUGCCAGUGCGCAGUCACUCCAUGGUGCCCCGCCUCGCCCUAUUCGCCGCCCGCGAUAUUCCAGCCGGAGAGGAGCUGUGCUACGAUUAUUCCGGGAGAUCGUUCAACGCGGAACCUCCGAGUGCGGGAGACGAGGGCCCGGGGCCCCGGAAGAGGUGCCUGUGCGGCACGGACGUCUGCGCCGGGGAUUUACCCUUCGAUGGUUCCUUGUAUGGAGACAAAUCACCGAAAUCCGCAAAUCAUCCGAGAAAAUCGCCAAAUCUUUAAUAAAAAAUCUCUUUUCACCU